GACCAUCAAAGCUACUAUUAUUGGAUUAUUAAACAUUAUUACACAUUGGUAUUGUUGGAAAUCCAUCACUUAUCAGUUGUCUUUUGAUAAUCAGAGGAUCUGUUUUUGGAUUUUUGUUUUGUGUAGUGUUUACAAUCUUUUUCUUUCUCAAACUGAUCAGCAUCGGGAAACUGCUUUUUGCUACAAAACCCACCUGGAUUCUGGUAUCGCGGCUAACCAGAACCGGUUUUCCGGCGAACCCAGAUGGAAAAAGAACCACUUUUACCCUAUAUCAGCCCAAGAAGACCCCAGCCAUCACCGCCGCCACCACUCUACUCUUUACCAGAAGACAAUGGAAUCUCUAUUCCUCCUCUGUCUGUAACCCCAUCAGAACUGAAAGACCUGCUUAUCUUUGGUUCUUCAUCUUCAUCUUCACCUCCUAGAGACACAGCCUCAAGCCUUGUUGAUGCCUUGACCCCGACCUUAAAGUCAACUAUGCCCUCCACUUCUUCUUCGUCAGACGCUAUUAGCAAUCUUGACCCACAAAACCAGCUGUCUUGGUUGAUUGAUCCUAAUUAUCCAGGGACAAAAAGUAAUCUUCAUAGGUCCAAAACAGCCCCAGCCAUGGCUACAAUCAGUGAUUUUGAGCGCCCUUCGGUGCCUCAACCACCCCAAUUUGGUUCUUCUGUUGUUAGACAGUCUUUUGUGCUUUUGAUUCUGUAUUUGACACUUGGGGUGGUUAUAUAUUAUUUUAAUAGGGAUCAUUUUAAUGCUAUUGAGACACACCCAAUUGUUGAUGCUUUGUAUUUUUGCAUUGUCACAAUGUGUACAAUUGGGUAUGGUGAUAUAACUCCUCAUAGUAAUGCAGCAAAAUUGUUUUCAAUUAUGUUUGUGCUUGUUGGUUUUGGAUUUAUUGAUAUUUUGCUUUCUGGGAUGGUUAGUUAUGUGCUUGAUUUGCAAGAGAAUCAUCUGUUGAGGACAAUUAAGGAUGGGGGAGCCCAUGAUCACGUGUCUUAUAUAGUUGAUGUGAAGAAGGGGAGGAUGAGGAUUCGAAUGAAGGUGGCAUUGGCAUUGGGGGUUGUGGUUCUUUGUAUCGGAAUUGGCGUUGCCGUUAUGCAUUUUGUUGAGAGGCUUGAUUGGUUAGAUUCGUUUUAUCUUUCUGUUAUGUCUGUUACUACUGUUGGAUAUGGUGACAGGGCAUUUACUUCUUUGGCUGGUCGGAUUUUUGCAUCUAUUUGGUUGCUUGUGUCGACACUAGCUGUUGCUCGAGCCUUUCUUUACUUGGCUGAGGCAAGGGUGGAUAAGCGGCAUAGGAGGAUGGCAAAAUGGGUGCUUGGUCAGGAUAUGACUGUUGCUCAGUUCCUUGCUGCAGACAUUAACAACAAUGGUUUUGUGAGUAAAUCAGAAUACGUUAUUUACAAGCUGAAGGAAAUGGGAAAGGUAUCAGAGAAAGACAUCUUGCAGAUCUGCAAAAUUUUUGAUCGGCUAGACACUGGCAAUCUUGGAAAGAUUACUCUUGCUGAUCUCAUGGAAAGUCAUCACAGAUAUUCAGAUUCUGUGGGAUAAGUGAUGGCAAUUCAGGUGUCUACGGUGCCAAACAUAAUCAUCUCAGAUUCAGCAGAGAGCCAAGAGAAGUCUUUACGGUUCUAAGAUAGGAAGAAGUGAAAGUUUGAACUUCCAAUUCUACAUGAAGGGUGCUUGUAUGAACUCAACUAUCUGACGGUUAGAUUGUGGUGCCUGAAGAUCCUGAACAUCCAAUGGGCUAGACUUCUCUUCAAUUCGGAAGUGCAGAACACAAAUCUCUCGUGGCCUUAUCUCCUACCCAAACACAUUUAUGUUGAUAUCUAAUUUAUUUGUGUACAGGAAAAGUUGUUGCGCCAAUUGCUUAAGUUCGUGGCAGUCCAUUUGUGUUUGAUUGGUGAGGCAUUGUGCUGAUCGAGAGAAGUACCAUGACAGGAAAACUUGAGAAAGGCUCCUCAAUCACUGGAUCCAAUUUGUUGGGGAGGAC